AUGGAUCAAGAGUGUUUGUGUCUCUCGUUCGGAAUUCAGAAUAAAAUGUCGCAUCAAAAUACUCCGUAUUCUCCGAAUUUUCCACCAAGCCAGGGUUAUGGUCCUCCGCCUGAAAACAAUAAGACUGAGAGUUAUCCUAUGAGUGCUCAAGGUGGUUAUCCUGGACCUCCGCUACCACCUGGAGCUCAACCACUACCUGGAAUGCAAACUGGAUUUCAACCUGGUUUUCAGCCUGGCAUGCAGCCAGGAUACCCACAUCCUCCAGCAGGUUAUCCACAUCCUCAGCCUGGAUACCCCCAACCUGGUUAUGGACCAGUGGUGCAACAACCUGGACCCCAGGUACCACCAGGCGGAUGGAUGGCUAUUCCACAAGGGCUCAGCAACUGUCCACCAGGAUUGGAAUACCUUACUAUGGUUGACCACUUGCUAGUUCAUCAGAAAGUUGAAUUGUUGGAAGCAUUCGUUGGUUUUGAAACAAAUAACAAAUAUACCAUUAAAAAUUCUGUUGGCCAGAAAGUAUACUUUGCUGUCGAGGACAAUGAUUGUUGUACCAGAAACUGCUGUGGACCAAUGCGCCCGUUCGACAUGAAAAUAAUGGAUAACUUCAGAAAUGAGGUGAUUCAUCUAAACCGUCCUCUGGCGUGUGAUUCCUGUUGGUGUCCUUGCUGGUUGCAAAGUAUGGAGGUGUCGUCUCCUCCCGGAACAGUAAUUGGCUCCAUUGAACAAGAAUGGUCCAUAUGCAAACCUUGCUAUUCGAUCAAAAAUGCCGCUGGAGAUAUUGUGCUCAAAAUUAAAGGACCUUGCUGCACUUACUCUAUUUGUGGUGACGUUGAAUUUCAUGUAUUUGCUCCAGAUGGCGAGCGAAAAGUAGGCUUAAUAACAAAACAGUGGUCUGGUCUAGCAAGAGAAGCAUUUACAGAUGCAGAUUACUUCGGCGUUUCUUUCCCUAUGGAUCUGGACGUAAAAAUAAAAGCUGUACUCCUUGGAGCUUGCUUCUUAAUCGAUUUUAUGUUCUUUGAGAAGUCUGGGAACAAGGAAAGUGAUGGUCCUGGCAUGCUUUAA